GUUUUAAUAUUUACAAAUAUAUGAAUUAAAGUCAUUUAUUUAAUGGCGUUGCUGCAAAAGUUGAGUUCGUUAAAACGAAACAAGUCAUUCAAAUAUGGAGUUCCAUUCCUCGUGUUAAUGGUCGGAGGCUCAUUUGGUCUUCAAGAAUUUACAAAACUGAGGUAUCAAUUCUCAAAACAAAAAACUAUAACACCAGAUGAGAUGGAACACCAUGGAGUCAAAAUGAAGAAACCUGACGAAGUUACGAUAGAAAAGGUAUAUGAGAAAGUGAAGGCUUUAAACAUUGAUAAUUGGGAAAAUAAAAGAGGUCCCAGGCCUUGGGAGGAAACUUAACAUUUGAAACCUACGAGGCUAUUAUAUAAAUAGAACCACACUGUUUUAAGAUAAAAAAUAAAGAUUUCAUGUAAAAAUCAAUAGCUUAAAAAAUAAGUUAUUUAAUAUAAAUUAUUUUGAGGAUCGAUGAAUGUGUAUGUAUGUAGUACAUAAUAGAUCCAGAAAUUAAUAAAACGUAUGCUAUGCUGAAGUUA